AUGAACUACCACGGAUUCAAAAACCAGUCAAGGGCCAACCGCAAAUGUUUGGAAGAGGAGGAAGCCUUUCAACACUUCAAGGAGGAUGUUAACCGGGAUCAAGAAGGGAGAUUCRUCUUGAAGUUACCAAUUAAGCAGGAAGCAAGACAACUUGGAGACACUAUCGCAACGGMUACAUCACGUUUUAUUAGCAUUAAGAGAAGAAUGCAAAGAGACAAAAACUUACAAGACAACUACCGCAAGUUUAUGGAAGAUUACUUAGAACUAGGCCAUAUGAGAGAAGUUUCAGGUGAAACAUUGAUACCUCAUCCUGUAUGUUACCUACCACACCAUGCAGUCUUUAAGACCACAAGUUUAACGACAAAGGUUAGGGUUGUGUUCGACGCAUCAGCAAGAACUUCGUCAGGYGAAUCCUUGAAUGAUAUUCUAAUGCGAGGACCAACCAUUGCUAUAGAUGAAGAGCACUGGGACCUCCAACGCAUACUUUGGCGAUUCAAUCCCGAGGAAGCUCUCAAGACCUACAAAUUAUGUACUGUCACUUAUUGCACCACCCCAGCUUCGUUCAUGGCAACACAAUGUUUGGUAACCCUCUCAGAGCAAUUCAAAGAAAAAUAUCCCAGGGCUUCUUGUAUCAUUAAGUCAGACUUUUAUAUGGAUGAUCUGAUGACGGGUUGUGAUUCAGUAGAAGAGUGCAGUMAAUUGCAAGAUCAGAUCACAWCCAUCUUAAACUCUGCAAAAUUACCGCUGUGGAAGUGGUGCUCAAAUUCUGCAGCCGUGUUAGAAWGAAUCGGCAAACGUGGAAAUGAUCCUUAA